GGAGGAGCUGAAGGAGAGGAGGAGCUGAAGACGAGGAGGAGCUGAAGGAGAGGAGGAGCUGAAGGAGAGGAGGAGCUGAAGGUCUCUGGGAGGAUUCAUAUCUGCUGCAGUUUGUUCUGUGUGACUCAGUGGAAACUGACCCAAAGAGGAGGAGAUGCAGCUAUAAACUAUAGUAGAAGAAGAGAAGAAGAAGAAGAGAAGAAGAAGAAUAGCUGCUUCAGGAGCCAGGAGACUGACUGAGAGGUGCAUCAUGGGAGCUUCUUAGGUCCAGUCAGACCUCCGUCCUCUGGUUCUUCCACAGAUGCCCAGCAUGCUGCUCAGGUCUCCCCGAGGAAGGAGCUCUCCGGCUGUGGCAGGACAGCUGCUGCUGGGGCUCCUGGUGAUGAUGAUGAUGAUGGUGGUGGUGGAGGCCGGCGUGGACGAGGACAGUGAGGAGAGUCAGGAGAUCCUGGAGGAGGACGAAGCCGUCAGCGCCGAGAUCCUGGAGCCGCCAUCCUCAGACGUGUCCAGAGUUUCUCCUCUCAGCUCCUGGCUGAUCUUCAGAAGAAACUCCAACAAAGGAGACAACCGGAGAACCAAAGGCUCCAAGAGAACCUCCAAGCAUGGCCUCCCAGGACCUCCAGGACCUCCAGGACCUCAGGGGCCUCCAGGGCCACCGGCUCCUCUCCUGCCCCAGCAGCAGCAGCUCAUCCAAGAACUGCAGCUGAAGCUGAGAGACCUGUCGGUGUGUUUCCAGUGUGAUCCUCCUCCUCGUGUCUCCACAUCGUUCCUCCGUCGCCUCCUUCAGUCGGUCUCCGUCCCUCGACGAAGUCUGUUGGAGCUGCAGCCAUAUAGCCAGCCCUCAGACUCAGAGCUGACCCUCCAGAGAGGCCUCAGCUUCAACACCAGCAGCGGCCGCUACAGCGCUCCGGUGUCGGGUUUCUACCAGCUGACCUCCAGCCUGCUGAUAGAGUCUGCAGACCGGGUCCAGGUGCGUCUCAGAGACAGUGUGAGGGCAGCCAUCUGCAUCGAGUCUCUCUGCCAGAGCAACCUCUCUGUAGAGUCGGUGAUGGCUGUGGCGGCUGCUGGAGGAACGUUCAGCAUCUUACUGACAGGAACUCUUUAUCUCCAGGCGGGGGAGUACGUGUCGGUGUUCGUGGACAACGCCACCGGGUCGUCCAUCAGCGUCCUGCAGGACUCGCUGUUCUCUGGGAUCCUGCUGGGAGUCUGACCCAGAUCCUCAACAAGAACCAGAACCAACAUGUGGUCCGGUUCCACCAGCAGGAGGAGCCUGUCUAGAUCUGCCCAGGUGUUCAGACACACCUGCAGCAAACAACCAAUCAUCUCACUGCCCUUUCAGUUCUGGAUCAGCUGAGAUCUUCAGCCAAUCAGCUGUUUAAAAAGUGGAUCAGUUCCUCAGAGGUCUGGUUGAUCCAAACAUCUUCAGUUUCCUGUCAGAACAUAUUCUCAAUGAAGAAGCUGAAAACUCUGUUCUUCAAAAAUAUCCAGAAUAACUAAAACUUUUAAGAAGGUUUGUCCAGCAUGACAAGAAAUGUAGGUUUUUGUAUGAAUACUGAUGAACAGCUAAUAUCUGGUUCCUGAACUUAAGCUGAGACGUUCUUCACUUUGUUCCGUUCCAUAUUAAAGACGUUCUACAGCAGCUCCUGACACAUUUACUGACGUCUGUUCUCUGUCUUCAUAUUUAUUCUGUAAUAAACAAGUUGUGAAUAUUUACGAUAAUAAAACUUUAUACUGA